AACCCAAGAAUCAAAGCUCAAACGUAACUCUUUAUUCAAGCCAAUCGUGAUUUGCAAAAUCGCGUUUAAUACAAUAGGACUGAACAGUGAAAACCUGCAAUCGAAUAGGAUGCGAGUAACUAGGAGAUCGAACAAUCGAUCAAUCGAAUCAGAUAAGAACACAAUCGAACGAUCUCUGCUUCUCCUCUGAAGCGAUAGUUGCCUAGUCCGCGGUAUCGAUUAAAACAUGGCAAUGUUGCUUUACGGAAAUCGAUUACGAUAAAAAAUUGCUCUCGUUUCUAACGAUGAUCUCUUGCAGCUUUUUCAAACUUUAUUACUUCUUUGUAUCUUCUCACGAUCGAUUUUUACAUGUCGACUUCGAUUCGAAUUCGAUUCUCUUUACACGCGAUAUUUGCAUUAGCAUUAGUAAACAGAAGAGAUUCCACAACCUUUGUGAUCCUCGCAUUUCUUGUGCGAAUAAUUCAUUUCCUUCGAAUAAUUCUAGUUGUUAGCUUCGUGUCAACAUAACGUUGUGAUCGAAACGAUGGAAAUUUGAUGAAAUUUUUUUCCUUGGAAUUACGCGAUAAAUAUAAAUUUUUCGUGAUUAAUCCAUUAUUAAUAUAUAUAUUUAUCCCUCUGACGUAAAUCCAGAUAAAGGAUUCGGUGAUAAACGUCGAUUAAACGCGAUAAAUGCAAGUAAAUUAACCUGUAAAAUAUUCCAAUGCAAUUUUCCGUUUAAUUGUGUAUCGCGUGACAUGCAAAUGCAAUUAUACAUAGUAAAUUAUCAUCGAUAAUGAGUCAAAUGAUAGGUUUAUCGUGCCAAGGACCCGAUAAGGGUAAAAGCAGAAAUUUACGAUUUGCCAAUUCUUGAAUCGAAAGUCGAGUCGAAGUUUACGGGAUCUACAAUUCGGAUCGAAUGAUUCAUAAUCAUGAAUACCUCGAUUAUUUUUUUACUGUUAACAUUUCUCUGUGUGUGCUGCGAAAAUCAAGUGAAAUACAAUUCGAACAACUAUCACAAUGUCCAGACUAAUUCGAGCGACAUCAUUGAUGAAUUCACGUUAAAUUUUGUUAAUCAAUCGACGCACAAAAUGAUAAAGAUCUUUUGCUUUAUCGAUUCGAUUUUCCCCGAUGUAAAAACGAUAAAUCAUUUGUUCGAACUCAAGAUGACAAACAACAAUCUUACACACUCGUACUUCAAAAUCGAUUGCCCAAAACGAAAAUAUCGAAGAUCGAUAUUUGGCAUAGAAGAAUCGAACUUGAUCCAGUAUCCGAUGAAUUACUUGCUAUCGUCGAUUAGAUCGAUUGCAAAUGUCGCUAUCAAGCCAAUGUCUUGGACCACGAAUCAACUAUUAAAUUUAAUAUAUGAGUUUAUGAUAAAUGUAGCACUUCCCUGGCUCUAUCGUUUUCUCAAUGAAAUCAAAAAAUUAAACAUUCUACCCUCACGUUUGAACGAUUUAAUCGAAUUGUUUAACAACAUUUAUCAUCUUAUGAAACUUUUUGGUUACAUUAACUGAUUCUCCUAG